UAGAAAUAGACAUUACCCUUUGAGUGCUCUGAAUAAAUAGGACCGAGUGGUGCUCGCUCACAAUUAGACGUUUGUAAGACUAAGACUGACAUUACAAAAUAUUACAUACUUUUUUACAUUGUUAAAAUUUAUACAUUAUAUAUUUAUAAGUUGUAAUUGAACUUUGCUAUUACAUUGCUACUCGUAAACGGUGUGUAGUGUGUAAAAAUAAAUUCAUCAGAACGUGCACGUUUUCAGCAAAAAAAAUAAUAAUCAUGAGUAAUAAUUGGAGUUGUCGUCAUUCUCGAUCACUCAUCUCUAUUUUUCUGAUGCCGGCUGAGUGCAUUGCCAAUCCACUGCAGCGAGAGCUCGCUGAUUCAAUAAUACGAAUGCAGUCUUUGGAUGAGAUAAGGAUACUGCUGGCUUGUGGAGCUAAGCCCAACGAAAUAGUUACCCAGGGUUUACGACCACUUCAUUACGCGGUUUGGCAAAAGUACACGGAUGCUGCUCAACUUCUUAUUGUUCGAGGUGCUGACAUUGACGCUACUGAUGAGUGCGGGUACUCGGCGCUUCAUUUAGCUGCUGAGCAUGGUUAUAUUGAUAUUGUCAAGAUGUUAUUGAAGCAUGGUGCCAAAGUGGAUCAUCGGCCUGACACUGGCGAACUUUUUCCUCGUACGAUGCUGUGUGAUGAACCACUUCGAUUAGCAUUGAGAAACGGUCAUACUGCAGUAGCGAAAAUAUUGCUGGAAGCUGGCGCAAAUCCAAACAAAAGGUACUUUUUUGGUUCGGAAAUAAACCUGGUAUCACCGUUAGAUCUUGAGUGUAUGGAAUUAUUGUUGGCUUUUGGAGCGCAGCCUAAUACUCGGGACCGCGCUGGUCUUACGCCAUUGAUGAAAGCAGCAAGGUUACCUCAGGGUAUAGCGUCAGUGUUGCUGCUGUUGAGUUACGGAGCAGACGUUAAUGCGAUGGCAGACGCAAGACACGAUUACAGAACAGUUAUGCAUUAUGCGAUACUCGGUGGCGACAAAACCGUCAUCAAUCUAAUGCUCAAGCAAGGAGUCAGGCUGAAUCUUGGCCCUGACUACCAAAAACCCUCGGCCUUGGACUUGGCUAUUCUCAAGGGUGACCCCUCGAUUGUUGAAAUGUUACUUGAAGCUGGUGCUGACGUAAAUGAAUCAUCAUCAAUAAUCGGUUCACCUCUUCACGUCGCUUGCGCUGACAAUAUUCCCAACAGGCUAGAAAUCCUGAGUAUGCUUUUAGAACGUGGAGCUGAUCCAAAUCUGGUGAUAAGAAGCGAUGAAGGUCCAUCACUGCGUCCAGUUUUGGCAGAGUAUGUUGCCAGUAAUGUAAAUCCAUCUGUCGAGGUUGUUGCUCUGCUUCUAAAGUAUGGGGCGCGAGUUGUAAUAAAGACACAAUUUCGUGAUCCCCACGGGAUACUAAACUCCCUUCAAAAUACAGCGGAUAAACCGAAAUUACUGAGAGCUUUACUGGAAGCUGCUGAGAGUUUUGAUCCCUGUAUGAUUAGAAGAUCCAGCAGCUUAACUGACGCGCAAAGAGUUCUCGUGAUGGAAGCUGCUCGAACACCCUUGCCCCUUACUCAUCAAGCGCGGCUGAUAGUCAGGAAAAUAUGCGGGCCUAAAUUACCUAAAAUUGUACGGAGACUUCAAUUACCUCAAUCGUUAAAUCGUUAUCUUCUUUAUGAUUUUUCAUAAUAAUUGUUUGAAAUUUUUUAAUUAACUUCAUUUACCUCUUGUUAUUAUUAUCAUUAUCAUUAUUAUUAUUAUUACGCUAAAUGCAUAAAAAUAAACCGUUUUAUUUUUUGCUAUUUUUCCUAUUUUGUUUACAAAACAAAUUAUUAGAUUGUGAUAUGACGAUUAAUGUACUCUCAAAUUUUUUUUGUAGACAUUAGUAUUUUUAUAAACCUGUUGAUUAAUGAUGU